UUAGAUCAUGAUUGAAACGCCAUUAUAUUUUCUAGUUCAACCAAACGUAUACACAGCAACCCAAACUUCAAGUUCACUAGAAUCGGUGCACCCGACAAAGCAACAAGUAUGUAAGCAGAAACGCAGGCAGGCAAGUAAAAAAAAGAAAAGAAAAUCCGAGGAUAUUAAAAGCAUUAAGGGGGGAAUGGAGUUACUUAAAUAA